AAAAUCUCAUUAGUGUGGCCGCGAAUUAAGUUUUACACGUUUUUCGUGCCCGCUGUUAAGAAACAAACGUUUGCGCUAGCGUAACUGCCUGAAUAUAGCUGGAAACGGUGCGGCAGUGAUUUUUAUCAGUCGACGAUAACAGCAGCAACUACGCAAAGUAUAAGAAUAACAAGAAGAACAACAACAAAAACAAAGCGAAGUGAAGGAAGGAGAGUAAGAGAGAUUGAAGAGAAACAGUGAGGAGAACGAGAAGUGAAGAGAAGAAAGAGUUACACUUUCGACUAACGCAAAAACGAUGAUGAACUGAAAUGUGCAAAUUUGAUGAACGUAAUUAUGCCAAUUCACAUAGCACCUUCGAUUUCAACGUGAAAAAUGCCGUCGCCGUUGUCACUGUUGUUGUUGCUACCACUGCGUUGUCGUCGUAAUUGCAAUCAAAUCGCAUCCUUGGCCAUUCUCCUACUGUCGGCGCUGUCAGCCAAAAUCCACGAGGAUCAGGUAGAGCAGCGGCGGGCGGAGGAGGAGGAGGAGGGAGCCGGAGCCAGAGCGGCAGCGAAGGAGCAGAAGCUCGAGGCGGCGGGGUUGAGGGAGGGUGUCGAAACGGAUCCAGAUCGGGAUACACCGUAUAUAGCCACAAAAGUUGCUAAUCCACACCCGCCGAUCCGCACCAGCAGUGGCAUUACGUCUGCCAGGGGAACGGGCACAGGGGCUGCGUUAACCAGCUGGCAGAGCAGCCACAGCCACCGCAGCCCCGGUGCUAACUCAUCGGCGCAGGAUCAGGAGCAGGUCCACAUCCACAAGGAGCACCAUCUCCAGCUAACAGCACCCUCAAUAGUGAGUAGAGGAGCCGGAGCAAAAGCAGGCACAGCAACAACGCUAACAACGAAGCCAGCGCAUCGGAGUAGAGUCAACAGCAGCAGCAGCAGUAGCUCUAGCAGCACAAAUCCCUGGCUGCCAUUGGCCAACUGCAGUUGGACAGCCGGACUAGGAGUAGGAGUAGCCGUAGCCGCAUCUAUAGCAACCUAAGCAGCCAAUUCCACACCAGAGCCACAGCAAAUAGAAACGUUCCACACACCACAACCCACACCACCAACACCCAACCACACAAACUCUAACAAACCAAGCCAAGCAUCAGCCAACCGCCAAGAUGUCGAAGCUAUCGUUCAGAGCCCGCCACCUGGAUCCGUCCAAGCAGAUGCCCAUCUACUUGGCGGAGGAGCUGCCCGACCUGCCCGAGUACUCAGCCAUCAAUCGGGCGGUGCCGCAGAUGCCCAGUGGCAUGGAGAAGGAGGAGGAGUCGGAACACCAUCUGCAGCGCGCUAUAUGCACGGGCCUGAUCAUCCCCACGCCGGAGGUGCUGCAAACGGAUCAGCCCUUUUACGAUGCCUACUAUCCGCCAGACUACAAGAUGCCCCGCCAAAUGAUCCAUAUGCAACCGCUUGGCCUGGACACCGAGGUGCCCGACUACGACAUGGACAGUGCUGAUGAGGACUGGCUCAGCCAGCAGCAGCGUCUGGAGCUCACCGAACUCAAGUUUGAGCAGAUGAUGGACCGGCUGGAGAAGAGCUCGGGCCAGACAGUGGUCACGCUAAACGAGGCAAAAUCCCUGCUUAAUCAGGACGAUGAGACCAGCAUAUCGGUCUACGAUUACUGGCUGAACAAGCGCCUCAAGAUGCAACACCCGCUGAUCCUUACGGUUAAGACAGAGAGUCGUCCCGGCGCCAGCUCCAACAAUCCGUAUUUGGCUUUCCGUCGGCGCACUGAAAAAAUGCAAACCCGCAAGAAUCGUAAAAACGAUGAGGCCUCCUACGAGAAGAUGCUCAAGCUGCGACGCGACCUGCAGCGCGCUACCACUAUACUGGAGAUGGUGCGGCGACGCGAGGAGACCAAACGCGAUCAUCUCAAGAUGACGGUGAAUAUCUUUGAGAAGCGCGUGGAGAUGCGUGACUUCAACGGUGCUGUCUACUCCGAGCUGAAUGCUCAGUAUAAGAACACAAGACCCGCGUAUAAUCCUUUGUAUACGAAUCAAUACUCACAAGGGGCGGCGGCGGUGGGAACGGCUGGUGCCAUUCUAGCCGCCCUGCCCACGGGUCUGCUGCCAAGCGGUGGCGUUGGAGCGGCGGGCAAUGCGAAUGUCUAUGGAUCAGCGUCGCAGUACCUGAACACGUCGAAUCUGACAAUGGAUGCCAUCACCAGUGGCAGUGGCAAUGGGAGUAGCAGUCGCAAGGAGAAGCGUCCGUACAAAAAGCGCAAGCACAAAUUGCCCCGCGACAAGCAGCAGCACCAGCAGCAGCAACAGUCAUCCCAGCAUCAGCAGCAACACCAGCAAUCGCAGCAGCAGCAACAACAGUAUUUGCCGGGCCUGUCGGCUACGGCGGGUAGCACCGCCGGUGUGUCGCCAGCUCAUCACCUGCCCCACCAUAUGCACCACCUCAGCAGGCAGCAGAGCUCCUCGCCGGCUGCCAAUGAUUCGGUUGUGGAUAGCGAGGAGGAGGACUACUUUGGCGCCGGUGCCCAGAAUGGCAACAACAACAAGCUGGGCUCCGAAAGCGAGGAGGAGGCGCCGUUUGCAUUUAGGCGCAGGUCGAGCUGUAUUUACCUGCCGACACGUCAACGAGAUGGCCGCUGGCCAUGGGAGUCUGCCGAUGGGGAUGAGGAUGAGGCUGUGCCGUCCAGAGGAGCCUGCUCGGAUGCCAAAUAUCGUUACACCUUGACCUCUCUCAACUAUCCCAGGCCACGCUGCAUUGGGUUCGCGCGUCGUCGUUUGGGUCGUGGAGGUCGCAUCCUCCUGGACCGAGCCACAACGAAUUUCGAUGAUUUUUGGUCGCAGCUGGACUACACGGUAAUGGAGAGCCUGGUGGUUGACAGAUGUGGCGGGGACAAGCUCAAGCAGGAGCAUUCCGAGCCGCUGUCCAAGCCCAGUUCACCGCCAACUGUUGUGGAUUUGUUGCCUGCCGGAAAACCCAUCGAAGGCGAGCUGCCGCCUCUUGCUACUCCGGAUCUGAUUAAAGUGGAACCUGCCAGCGAUGUGGAGAAACCAACAGCAGCGGCGGUGGAACCUAAUCCUGAGAGCAAGGUGAUGGAUUUAGAGUUGGAGGAGUGUCCUGAGAUGGAGGUGGAGGAUGAAGACAUGCCCACCGACGAUGAGAAUGUGUCCCGGUUGGGUAUAUACAGUUCUGCGGUUACGUUGCCCCAAAGUUCGCUGGAUCUGCGGCAGAAACGUCGCCGCCUGCGUCGCAAAAAGCAGCAAAUGCGCGAACUGAACGCCGCCAAGCGUCUGAAGCGAUCCUCCGAGGUGGUGGCCAAUGCCGGCGAGGAUAAUAUGCCGCAAGAGGAAGAGGCCAAGCCAGCUCUAGGUCCUCUGCCGCGGGCAUAUCUCCAACGAUUGGCCUUGGUUCUGGGCCAGAAACUCAAGAAGGAUAAGGAGGACGAGGUGGAGGCCAGCAAGGAGAAGCAAGUUUGUGAGAAUCUGGCGGCAGAAAGGCUGGAGAAGAAGGAUCAGGAGCUGGAGCCAACACGAGCCAAUCAUCAGCAGCAGCACCACCGUUCCAAUAACAACAACAAUACCGUGUUGAACAACAACAACAAGAACAGCAGUAGCAGCAACAACAAUAGUAGUAGUAGUAGUAGUGUUAUGAAUAAGGAUGUUAGCAUUAGCGAAAAAAUUAAUGUGAUAAAGCAGGAGGCGGACGAGGAAGUCGGCAGCUCGGAGGAUCAACCGGUGGCCUCAACCUCGGCAGCAGCGGCCGCGGCACGAGCCGCCGAAGCAGCCGCUGCAGCGGAAGCAGCCGCAUCCUCAACGACGACGACGACGGUAGCCUCCGAUGGACUCUCCGUAGAGGAAGUGGCCAAGACGAUAAAGCGUGAGCUGAUCGAUGCCGACGAUUCCAACGAACCGCUGAGCAGCAUUCGCACAGCCGCCGCUGUCCUUCAGGAUCCCGUGCCAGAACUCAUGGACGAUGAGGCCGAGGACGAUGUUAAUCUCGCCCAGCUGAGCAGCAUUAUCCGGCACACGGCGGUCAAAAAGGAGCUGGAGGCGCAACAACAUCAGCAGCAGGUGGUGCAGCAACAGAUGCAGGCCGCCCGACGUGCCGAGGAGGAGGAUGCGGUGCCCUGCCUGAACCAGCUGCCCGAUGUGAUUCGCCUGCAAAAUCUGCGCAACAGUCAGCUUCAUGCGCCGCGACCCAAGGAUCUGUUUAUCCAACCGCCGGCCGAGGAAGAAGCAGACGUGGAUGCGGACUACCUGGGCGGCCUUUCGCCCACCUCCAGCCAGCGUUUGGAUAUCUGCAACGAGCUGCUCUCGGAGAUUCGUCGCGAUUGGCUGCACUUUCGGCCAAAAACGCCCACGGAUGAGUUGUCCGACGACGGCCAGGAGGAUGCGGCGGGCAAGUCCUGCAAUGGCAAUGCCGUGGACUGGACCCAGGACACACCCAUCAGCGUGGAGCUUAAUCGCUUGGGCAAGCUGAGUACCGCCGAGGAGCUGUCCGAGUCCAACUCGUACUUCUUGAGCAGCGCCUUCAAGUACUCGGAUCUCGAGGCGGAUGCCCAGCUCCUCCAGACGGUUCAGGCCCAGGACUAUGCACGCGGCAGCAGCAAGAGUCCCAACUGUUCCGGCUCGGGCAAUGGAUCUGCUCUAGAGUUCAACCUCAGUGGCGGAGACUCGCUGAACGACAUCAAUAAUCUGCUGGGAGAUGACGAGGACGAGGACGACAACCAUGAGCAUAUGCUGGACAACAUCCUGCAGGAGUGCGCCAUGGAUGAUCCCAAGGCGUUGAAUCAGGCGACCAGCUUUUGGAAUGGCAUUCUCGAUGGCGAGGCGGCGGUGGAUGAAGUGGAAAUGGCCGACCAGCUUUUAGACUGCAUCGAUGAGAAGAAGCCAAAGGUGGGUGGAGCGGCGGAAGCCGCCAAGCGCGCUGGUCGCAAUCGCAAGACGAGAUUAGCGCAAUGCCCGCUGGGCAGUUCCACCUUUACCGUGUGUCCCACGGCGGAAACGCUCAAGGAGCGGCAGCUGUUCUUUAGCCAGGCACCGCCGCCUGAGCUGGUCACGCCCAAAGAGGAGCCGCCCACGGAGAUGGAGCAGCCCGAGCAGCAGCAGCAGACGCAGGCACAGGCACAGGUCAUGGUUAAAGAAGCAUCACUGGUGACUGUAAAAGUGGAACCGGCGCUGGAGAAGCCUCAGGCAACGGAGAUUGUUUCCGUUGCUGUGGCAACCCAGGCAGCGCAGCAGCAACAGCUGCCUCCACAAGCCACCAUUGCCCUGCCCACGGCUCAGCUGAUCAACAUACCCGCCCAAAUAACCACCCAGCAACAGAAGCAGCAACAGCAAACGCUUCAGCCUCAUCAGCAGCCCCAGGUGGCGCAGCUGCUCAAUCAGUUCGCCAAUGCCAGUCCCCAGAUCAUAGCACGCACCGAGUACGGCGGCGGAGCAGCUGUGGGUGACAUUGUGACCAUUACCCCGCACACCGGCAGCAGUCCCCUGCCCGCUCUCACCGCCCAGCAGCAGCUGCAGCACCAGCUGGCUCAGGCCCAGCUCCGGAACGUAACCGUCCAGCAGCGGCAGGCAACGCCUCAGAAUCCCAACCAGAAUCAGAAUCCCCAACAGCAGCAACAGUUGCUCUUCCAGAUGCAGCGGGACGCUUCGGGACAGCGUUCCCUGACGCCCCUCCAAGCAGCCGGCGCUGGCGCCACGGGAAACCACAUGAUCUAUACCACCAGCAGCGGCGAGAUUGUCACGGCGGCAGCUGCAGCGGCGGCCCAAAAGGUCACCUAUGCCAUCCAGAAGACGACGGGUGUGCCUGGCGGUGGCGGAAGUACCACAGCUUCCAUAGGUCCCAACACGGUCAUCACGCUGUCCAAUGUCAAGGUGCAAAACGAUGAUGGCUCCUCGGGCGGCAAUGGCAGCACGGGAUCUAGUGUAAAUAUCAUCAAUACGGCCAGUGGCCAGCAGCUGGCGGUGCACAGCAUAGCAGGAUUGCAGCAGCAACAGCAAGGUCAGCAGCAGGUACAGCAGGUGACCACCGGCACGCCAUUGAUUAUUACAACACCCACGCGGAACAAUGUCCAGCAGCAGCAGCAGCAGCAACAACAGCAGCAGCAGCAGCUGGUGCAGCAGCAACCGAUUGUGUGGCGGCAGGUGAGCGGAACCAACACGGCAGUGGCCACCACAGCAGUGCUCUCCACCACGGUGGACUCCUCGCCAGUGGCGGUGAGCAAUAAGAUUCUGUGGACGAGCAGGGCCACCCAGAAGAGACAGCUCAAUGGACCGGAGAAUACAGACAUCAACAAACUCCUGCUGAAUCGCAAGUUCUUGCGCAAGCAACUGCAGCAACAAGAACACCAGCAGCAGCAGCAAAAAAUCCAGCUGACCAAGCAGCAGCUCCAGCAAUUGCAGCAUGAGGAUCUUGAGGAACUGGUGGCCACCACUCCGGGCAAUAGCAGCGAUCAAGUGGAAUCAAGCGAAGCUCUGCUGCUGCAACAGCAGCAGCUCCACAAGCUCAACAAGGUGUUCAAGAUGUCGCAGUUCCCUCUAUUGGUCUCGGACGUCAAUCUGCAGCAGCAGCAACAGCAGGCAGGAAGCAACCAGCAGCAGCAGCAGCUCAAGCCCAACUCAGCGGCUGCCAUAGCAGCCAAUCACAACUAUAGCCUGCAUCCCGCCUCCACAGCAAUCAUCACAACCCAGGCGGGACCGCAGCAGGCCAACAAGAUCUUCCUGACGAGCAGCAGCAACAGCACUAGCGGAGGAACUGCGGGCAACUUCACCAUUGCCACGCCUGGAGAACUGCAAGCAGCGGCGGCAGCGGGACAGAAGCUGCACUACAAGGAAAUCACCACCAACUCCAAUCUCAAGCUGAACUUUGUGAGCAGUUCGGGUGGCGGAGAGGGACCGCAGCAGGUGGGCGCCACCACAGUAGUGCUAAACAAGUCCCAGCAGCAGCAGCAACAACAGCAGCAACACCAGAAGCUCAAGACCCUGGCCACCGCUGGGAACUCGCAACCAGGACAAGGAGGCGACAAGCGGGUGCUGUACACCAGCCUGCUGAAUGUGAAGCCGCUGCAGAAGAACAACAGUGGCCAGAUGCAGAUGCAACUGGGUCCGGGUGGACUGCAGCAGGUGCUACGCGGACGCCUCAACAAUUCGGCGAUUAUAACCAGGACCCUGCCGCUGGGCACCACGGUGAACAGCACAGGCGGCGGAGCAGUGGGCCAGGCAACGACCACCACCAUUAGGCAGCUGGUGGCCACAAAUGCCAACAAUGUGGGCUCCCAGGAUGGAGGCAACGGCGGCGGCACUCUAUUGAGUGCCAAGGAUGUAGGCAAGGCCCUGACCGUGGAGCAGGUGAUAGCCAGUGCCAAUAAUGGCGGAGUGGUGCUGCCCACCAGCAACAACAACAACAAUAACAACAACAAUGGCAACGGAGGGAAUGGAGGAGGAGGAGCUGUGACCACCACAGCAGGUGGAGGCGUUAAUGCAACCGGUGGAGCAACUGGCGCUGGAGCAGGAGGCGGAGCAACGGGUGUGACAACGUCCACGAUCAACAGAUGAGACGCGGAUGGAAGCGGCAGCAGCAGCUAACAUCGAAUGCAACCGAAAACCGUGCAACUGCCCAGCGGCACAUUGCUCAGCUUGAAGCCGGAAGCGGAAGCCCAGGCGGUGGCCAUAGCCCUGCCAUUGUCAGCAGCGGCGGAUGGCCAAAUGGCCUUGGGCCAGCUCCUGCAGCAGCCCAACAAUUGCUGCUGUGCCCUCUGUUUGGUGAACAAAAGCAGCAGCGAGAUCCUGAACUAAAUUUUACAGAUGUUUCCCAGAAGGGAGAGACAACUGUAAAGUAGAUCUUGUAAGGAAGUGAUAGAGGGAGAGAGAGCGAUGGGGAGGAGAUAUUGUAUAAAUUAGAGCCACCAUUAACAAAGUUCGCUUAAUUUUCAGAUUUUCUAUAGCUAUAUAUAGAGAGAAGCAUAUGUGUGUAUAACGAUUUAGGUCUUAUUUUUCAAGAUCGCCUAACCUAAACCCUAAACGAAAAAACGAAAAACCCAUGAUAAGAAUUAAAUUAAUAAAAGCAAAAUAUAUAUAUUAUAUGUACAAUGUAUAUCGAGGAGAACUUUUGGCUCUUAAUCUCUCUCAACCAAACCAGCAUCCUCCCUUCCUCCCUCCAUUCCUCCUCCAUCCACCCAUCCAUCCAUGCAUCUUCCCAAACGAAUCAGCCAGCAAACAACUCAAGUGUUAAAUAGCAAAACUGUACAUAUUCGAUAAUAAUUGCAAACGAAACACACGCGAAAUAAUAGUAACUGCAAGAGAUAAUUGAUUAAUGGAAUGAAACUAUGUUUAGUGAUACGAAUAGUUGUAACGAUGGGGAGAGGUGACUCCUCUCCUCCGGCCCAGGCCGUUUCAGAACCACGCGCUUUAGCCGGGCAGCUCGCUGGGCGACCAUAUGCCCUCUUGAGGGACUUGGUCUGGACACGAGCAGCCCGAGGAAAAAACAAAAACAAAACAAAAAAAAACACAUUUUUCAAUGUACGUAAAUUAAAUUAACUUAUCCUGUAACUUAAAAGCGAAACAUAAAAAGCAAAAAAACUACAUUUAGUUACAUUUUAACUAAGGAACACACGCAACUUCAGAGGCAACCGCUCGCGAGAGGGAGGGAUGUGGAGUUGCAGGACACACACUAUUAUUGUAUGCUAUUAAUAUUAUUAUUUUUUAUACAAGGUAAUAAUUUUAAUUGUAUUCGUGUAAUUGCAAAAAACAAAAACAAAACGAAAGAGCAGGCUAAUGCUUCAUCAUAAUAGUAACGAUAAUAACAGUAAAGCCCUAAUGAUAACGAUAUAAUAAUAAUAAUAAUAAUGAUAAUAUUUUAAAAAGAGAUCCAAAAGCGAGUACGGAAAAACAAAACCAACACAUUUAAACAAUAAUAAUAAUUAUGUAGCGAUGUAAUUUCGUAGUAUGUAAAAAUGUAGAGCGGUAAGAAGAGCGUAAGCAAGAGCGAUAAUAAAAUGGAAAACAAAUUGCAACUUAAACCAAGCAACAAAAAAAAAAACUCUGAUUAAAUCGAAAUUCAUCAUCAUCAUCCUUGUCAUCGUCAUCGUUAUAUUGUUUCGAUAUUGUUUAUCGUUUCCUGCCAGAAAAGAGCUGGGAAAGAAUUCGUUUUUUUAGCGUAUUCUUUUUUUAUUUUUUAUAGAAUUAUUUUGUAUCGUUUCUCCGAAAAAUAAAGAUAAAAAUAACUUAUACUUUCAAUAAUAUAUCGGUGAUAGAUCACAACCCAAUGAAUCGAUCUUGAAAUCGAUUUUCUCCCAGCUCUUUAGGACUGCAUGUUAUUUAUCUUGUAUCUCUCUCUGUGUACCUAGAAUGUGUAGCAUUGGAUUGAUGUCUUCUUCGACGACCUACCUUCCUUCGCUCCUCCAUAAGCUCCAUAUAUUAUUCAUACCAUAUAUACCGAUUGUGAUGCGUAUAACAUUUAUGAUUUGAUGACAUUUUCUGCAACAGCAAAUACGGGUAAACACACGAAACACGAAACUCUCUCUAAUUAACCACAUAGCGGCAUAGUAAACCCAUAUAUAAUAUAUAUAUAAAGUGUAUAUAAACAUUAAUUACAGAUAUAGGACGGAGGAAACAUUUUGAAAUUGAAAUUUCAAGGAGCCGAGAAAUCAUAGCUUUGACUUUGUAAGAGUUUUUUAACUCCUUUUUGUCUAGAUCUUUACCCCACAACCUGUAUAUAGUUAUGAUAAAUAACAAUAGUUGUAAAAGACAGACAGCCUGGUACUGAAUUCCGUCUGAGUUCCAUUAACCUUUCCUUUGGAAAUAUUUUCGACCAGCACAAAAAGAUAUUACCCUCUUGGUUUUGUUUUUAAACGGAAUUCGGUGAAGGAGGGAGGCUGGUUGGAUAUUCAUAUUUUUUAUAUGUACUUAACAGUUUUUAAACUUCUUCUUUUGCAUGAAGUGUAAACACAAGAAAGA